AAAACAAUGAAGAUCUGUAAAGCAGUUCUGUACUUCGCAGUGAUCAUAGUUUGUUUAUCCACUCUCACAGGAAUCUACUUGGGCAAACCAAAUAAAAUUGCAAGAGGCUUCGAUAGUGACGGUAAGAAAAUAUUUAAUUCAAACUAUUAGCUUAUGCUUGUGGAGUAGACCCAGGCUUGGAGGAUUAUCCAUAUGCUUACUUCGUUAAUCCUGUUCCGGAAUACAAAUAUCGAAUUGUGUGUGUGAAAUAAUGUCCGACAUCCGACACCCAAGAGUUGGAAUGCGCUCCCAACACUCAAAUACCUGACUGCAAGAAAUUGACCUCGGUGUUGUACCCAGAAAAAAUGGUUAGUUACUAUGAGUCAUUCAAAUACAAAGGGAAUGUGUGUAUGCCCACUUCAUUGGAAUAUUAUCACGGAGUCAAAGACUUCUCGUCUCCUGGAAUGAUAGGGAUGAUUAUCAAUGAUGUCAUGUAGACUUGGCAUAUCAUUGCAUUAAUAAGUUGUUUCAUCAUAUUUGUUUGCACAGUCCUGUUGGAUCAAUUAAAAGCUAAUACAACAUAUGUAGUCUGGGCAUUCUCCUUGUUUUCCUUACUUAUUGUUGGCAUUAUUGGAAUCUAUUUCAUUUCCCAAUGGAAUUUCGCAAGAAAUUAUGAAACCGAAUAGGCCAUCAUUAAUAAUUUCAAGGUCGAUGAAGAUUACAUAUACAAAAUGACUAACAAACCUAAUGAGACCCUGAAUUUUGUAUUUGGAAGCAUUUUUGUGUUAACAUUUUUGUAUGGAACGUAUUGGCUCUACAAAAAUUCAGAUAGAGUGUAAGAUUUAGCAGACAUUUUUGAAUAUGUUGAAAAAUUUAUGGCAGAUAAUCAAUUUUUACUACCGUUAAAUUAUGUGUUCUUGGGAUUCUUAAUUUCCUUUUUAUUACUUCUAUUGCUCACUUGCUUGUAAAUAUUGAUCAUUAACAUUAGGUUUCUAGGUUCAACAUUCAAACUAAAGAGUGAUUCAAAUUUGGGUCCAUUUGAAAAAAUCGAAUUAAACACAAUUAUUACACUCUCCACCAGUUCAGUGAUUAUAUUUGUAAUAUGGAUCAUCUAUGUCAUCAAUGGUUGUUACUAAUCAAUCAUCUUCAGCAAUUUUAAAAUUUGGAUAAACAAUUAGAUUACUCGCAAUCAAUCUCAAAAUAAAGAUCCCCUUGAAUUAGGCAUGUUGAUACUCUACUGCUCUAACGCUGUUCAAAAUCUAAAUCUAUAAGUUAUCAGCAAGAUCUCAUUCAUGCUAUUGUUUUCUCCUGUCAAAUUUAUUUUAGACUUUAUCAAGGAUACCAUCGAUAAUUUAUUUAAGGUAAGGUGCAAUCCAUUCAAAUCAUUGUCAAGUAAUCUAUUCUCUUAAUAUCUUAAGCUAUUGAAGAGGUGCUAUAUUAUGAAGUUGAUCUAAAUCAAGAUGAUAUUGGUCCGGCUAUUAAAAAAAUUAAGGAUUCCUUAGAAAUUAACGAAGAUGGGGAAGCAUUGAACACUUUCGAAAUCAUAAGAAAUAUUAAUGACUUCUUUUUAUUGAUUGUCAAAGUAUUUGCUUGCCUUAUUUGUGUUUCUUUGUUCUUGGCAAUUCUAUUCAUAAUAAACUCAAUCAAAUAACAAUUUCCCAUACUUUAACAAAGCAUCCAAAUCAACCUAUAUUAACCCUUAAUACCUGCAUUUAUCGUUGGAAUCAUUGGGUACACAUUAUUAAUAUUAAAGAUUCUAAAUUGCAUAAAUCUACUUCUGUUAAUAUUCCGUAGUCCAGUGUUUUGGAUAUGUUUAUAUUGCUGCCUAGAUCGACGCUUAGAUUGAUUAUAACGAUUAAAGAAACAACUACUAAGGACCAAGAAACGAUUUAUUUCAAGAAUAUAUAUAAUCAAACAGAUAAUAGUAUCUGAGAUAUUUGAAUUUGAAGCUCAAAUUCCCAGUAUUCAAUAAUAUUAUAUCAAUUUUAGGAAUUAAAAUAAAUGAUAGAAAGAUCUCUGCCAGAUUUUCAAAGGAGAAAUUAAUAAUAAUAAAAUAAUGUUUGAAUAAAAU